UUUAAAGAAUAAGUAUCAGUUACACCUUUAUCGAAAUUCUUCACAUUUUGGUUUCCUGUAUUUGAAGACCAUGAGGAAAGUGGCUGGUAUUUUCUGCUUCAUCUUAGCGUUUUUACCUAAGCCUGGAGAAUUAAUUUUGCUACCUACAGAGGAAGAAAUUCUUCGCAAUGCUGUUGUAUUUCAUGUUGAUCGUUACGACUAUUUUAGACAGAGAAUGCAAGGAAUUGAAGUAGGCCUUCAUGAAGUAGGAAUAAUUGAUAACUGCAUCGUUGGAAUUAUCGAAUCUCGAUAUUUGUGCCCCCUCCUGGGACCUGAGCCGGAUCCGGUCAAUAAAUGGACUAAUUAUAAAAGAGUUAAAAUACACAUAAAUAACAACCACGCCAACGUGACCGAGUUUAUAUCAGGAAAUGAUGAUCUGAAGCACCUGUUCUUUGAAAUCUUCGAUCCGAGCAAGAUUCGUUGGGCUCGACGGGUCUAAUAAUUCAAUUUCAAAAUAUUUGGCUCAUUCUUUCAG